GGGGCCCGAGCCGCGGGGAGCUAGCGAACCGAGGCGUGGAGGUUCCGAUUCAUUCGCUGGGGAGAUCUAUGGGCCGAAGCCGUGUAAAUGCGUUUUAAGCAGGGGCCUCGGCUCCGCAACGGCCACUCCUCUUCGGGGUGUUGCACAAGUUUCGAGGUCACCGGCGACCCCCCCUAGCAGCACGCCUGGCUCUGGCCCCCAAGAAGGAGGACGGGGCUUGUGUGUUGCAUACUUUCUAAGGCGGCAGGCGGCAGGCGGCAGGCAGCGGCAGCGGCCGCAGUAGCGGCUCCAUCCAGACCAUCGGCUCCAUCCAGACCAUCUGCUCCUCCUCCUCAGCAUGGCUGGCUACCUGAAUGAAACGGACUUCGUGAUGGUGGAGGAGGGCUUCAGCACCCGAGACCUGCUGGAGGAGCUCACUCUGGGGGCCUCACAGGCCACCACGGGCAAGGUCGCUGCCUUCUUCGUGGCCGACCUGGGUGCGGUAGUGAGGAAGCACUUCUGUUUUCUGAAGUGCCUGCCUCGAGUCCAGCCCUUCUACGCUGUCAAGUGCAACAGCAGCCCCGGCGUGCUAAAGGUCCUGGCUGAGCUGGGGCUGGGCUUCAGCUGUGCCAACAAGGCAGAGAUGGAGUUGGUCCAGCGUAUUGGUGUUCCUGCCAGUAAGAUCAUCUACACCAACCCCUGUAAGCAAAUUGCACAGAUCAAGUAUGCUGCCAAGCAUGGUGUCCAGCUGCUGAGCUUCGACAAUGAGAUGGAGCUGGCAAAGGUGGUGAAGAGCUACCCCAGUGCCAAGAUGGUUCUGUGCAUCGCCACAAAUGACUCCCACUCCCUGAGCCGUCUCAGCCUCACGUUUGGAGCAUCACUGAAAUCCUGCAGACACCUGCUUCAGGAUGCCAAGAAGAGUCACGUCGAUGUAGUAGGUGUGAGCUUUCACAUUGGCAGUGGCUGUCCUGACCCUCAGGCCUAUGCUCAGUCCAUCGCAGACGCCCGGCUUGUGUUUGAAAUUGGCGCCGAGCUGGGCCACAGGAUGCAUAUCCUGGACCUUGGUGGCAGCUUCCCUGGAGUGGAGGGGGCCAAAGUGAGAUUCGAAGAGAUUGCUUCUGCGAUCAACUCAGCCUUGGACUUGUACUUCCCAGAGGGCUGUGGGGUGGACAUCCUUGCCAAGCUGGGGCGCUACUACGUGACCUCGGCCUUCACCUUGGCAGUCAGCGUCAUCGCCAAGAAGGAGGUUCUUCUGGACCAGCCUGGCAGGGAGGAGGAGACCGGUUCCACCCCCAAGACCUUUGUGUAUCACAUGGAUGAAGGCGUGUAUGGAAUCUUCAACUCAGUCCUGUUUGACAACACCUGCCCUACCCCUGUCCUGCUGAAGAAACCAUCCAUAGAGCAGCCCCUGUACAACAGCAGCCUGUGGGGCCCAGCGCUCGAUGGCUGUGACUGCGUAGCUGAGGGCCUGUGGCUGCCGCAACUACAUGUAGGGGACUGGCUGGUCUUUGAGAACAUGGGCACCUACACCUACACUGUGGGCAUGGGCUCUCUCUUCGGGGGAACCCAGACCUGCCGCGUCACCUAUGCCAUGUCCCGGGUGGCCUGGGAAACGCUGCGAGAGAAGCUGCUGCCUGCAGAAGCGGAUGAGGAUGCUGAGGGCGUAUGCAAGCCUCUGUCCUGUGGCUGGGAGAUCACAGACACUUUGUGCGUGGGCCCUGUCUUCACCCCAGCGAGCAUCAUGUGAGCGGGACCCGUGGCCCCCCUCCCCCACCGCCUGGGAGAACCCCAGCGGGGACUCACAGAUGCCUCUUGGAGAGGUGGGGCAGGCGGCAAGCAGGGCACCCUCUGCCAGGACUCCGGUGCUUGCCCUGCCGCCCCCACCCCCCUUGCCCCACCUGUAGUGUUUCUGCCCUGUAAAUAGGACCAGUUUUACACUUGCUGUAGUUCAAGUAUGCAACAUAAAUCCUGUCCCUUCCAACUGUGUCCGCCUCCUCUGCAGCGCAAAGGGCCUGGUCAGCCAGGUGUGGGGUGUUCUUGGGGUCUCCUGUGGUCUCCUUCACACCUCUGUAAAUAUGAAGCAAAUAAAUAUUUAGGUUUUU